CAUACACCCAUAGACCCUCCUCUGAAAGAAAUCAGGAAAGCAGUCAAAAGUGGUGGAUUAAAAAAGCAGAUGUAAAUCAUAAACGUGAUCCGAUCGACCAAAACGCAUCUUAAUACUAAAUGUAAACAGGACCUUUGCCUCUAAACAGUGACUGAACACUUAAGAUGCAGUGAAGAGGUUGUCUGCUAAAAGAAGUGAUGGUUUUUCUUGCACGUUUUUUUUUUCCUUCAGACCUGCAGAAAGAUGUUGGGUUUAUUUUUCUGUCUGCUCUUUCUGACAUCAGCGGCUACUGAAGUGGGUCUUGGUGGUAAAGUGCUUUUGUUUCCAACCAAGACUAACAGCAGCUUUGUUAAACUCACUCCUGAAAAGCCACUGAGUCUUUCAGCAUUCACACUCUGCAUGCGUGUCGCGACAGAGCUCCAGGUCACGAGGGACAUCAUUCUGUUCGCCUACCGCACAUUUAACGUCGACGAGCUGAACCUGUGGAGAGAGGCUGGUGGUCAUUUGUCCUUGUAUAUUCAGUCUAGUAGCAAUGGAGCAUUUUUCCUUCUGCCUCCUCUCUCCACCUUCCAGACUCACCUGUGUGUCACCUGGGACUCUGCGACUGGUCUCACUGCCUUCUGGGUGGAUGGACGUCGUAGUUUAUUCAAGAUCUAUAGAAAAGGUCUCUCAAUCCGUCCUGGCGGCACCGUCCUGCUCGGCCAAGAUGCUGAUGCAUAUUUGAGCACCUUUGACGCAGAGCAGAGUUUUGUAGGAGAAAUUACAGAUGUGCAAAUGUGGGACUAUGUUCUCUCUG